CUCUUGGGCUGUUACUGCACGGGCUCGUGAGCCCUGAGUAACUAAUAGUAACCAUCCUCCUCCGCCUCACCAGUGUCAUCCUCACAAGCACUCUGGGAGGAAUUGCUCUGUGGUCACCACUUGGAUGAAUAUGAACAUUCUUAGGAAACCUGAAUUUUCAAUCUCUAUAAAUGAAUAAACUUAUUCAAUAUAAUUUGGAAUGAUGCUGAGAUUCCAAGAAGCUGCCAAAUGUGUGGCUGUAUCAACAUCUGUCUCCACUCACUCAAAGACUUUGAUUGCAAGACGUUAUGUUCUUCAACAGAAGCUUGGAAGUGGAAGCUUUGGAACGGUUUAUCUGGUUUCAGAUAAGAAAGCAAAACAAGGAGAAGAAUUAAAGGUUUUGAAGGAAAUAUCUGUCGGAGACCUGAAGCCAAAUGAAACAGUUCAGGCAAACUUGGAAGCACAGCUCCUCUCUAAACUUGACCACCCAGCCAUCGUCAAGUUUUAUGCCAGCUUCGUGGAGCAAGACAACUUCUGCAUCAUCACCGAGUAUUGUGAGGGUCGAGAUCUGGACUAUAAAAUUCAAGAGUACAAAGAAGCUGGGAACACCUUUCCUGAAAACCAGAUAAUAGAAUGGUUUAUUCAGCUAUUACUAGGAGUGGACUACAUGCAUGAAAGGAGAGUACUUCACAGGGACCUGAAAGCAAAAAACAUUUUUUUGAAAAAUAACCUACUCAAAAUUGGGGAUUUUGGAGUCUCCCGGCUCUUACUGGGAUCAUGCGACCUGGCAACAACUUUCACUGGGACACCAUACUACAUGAGUCCAGAGGCUCUGAAACAUCAAGGUUAUGACACCAAGUCUGACAUUUGGUCACUGGCAUGCAUUCUGUAUGAGCUGUGCUGCAUGAAUCAUGCAUUCACUGGUCACAAUUUCUUAUCCAUUGUUUUAAAAAUCGUUGAAGGUGACACACCUUUUCUUCCUGCUAGAUACCCAGCAGAGCUGAAUUCCAUCAUGCAAAGCAUGUUGAACAAGAGUCCUUCAUUGAGACCGUCAGCAUUAGAAAUUUUAAAAAUCCCUUACAUCGAUGAGCAACUGCAGCGCAUGAUGUGUAAAUAUACCAGCAUGACCAUGGACGAUAAGAAUUUGAACUGUCAGACAAAAUCAGAUCAUCUCAUUAAUGUCAUGCAGAGAAAGAUCCAUCUACAAACCCUGCGGGAGCUGUCUGAAGUGCAGAAAAUGACUCCCCGAGAGAGAAUGAGACUAAGGAAGCUCCACGCAGCUGAUGAGAAAGAAAAGAAGCUGAAGAAGUUGGCUGAAGAAAAAUACGAGGAGAACACCAAGCGAAUGCAAGAACUGCGAUCCCGGCAACCUCCGCCCUCGAGGGCAGACGCUCCGUAUGAAUCUGAUGAACAGGCUUCAAGACCUUUGACUGCAUCUGAGCCAAGUGGAGAGGAGGAGACACCAGCAGAGCUGUCCCUGCCUCCCGCUCAGCCAAUGACCUCCUGGGGCUCUGCACGACAGGAACCAAGUCAGGAGGCAGCUUCAGACAGUCUAUCUGCGUGUGAACUAGAGAAUCAUGAGAUCCCGGAAGAUCCUUUAGAAGCUGAAGAGUAUUAUGUGGAUGUUUUUGACUCCUGUUCUGAAGCGAGUGAGGAGGAUCAAAUAGAAGAAGUGAUAGAAGAGGAGGAAGAGGAGGAGGAGGUGGAGGAAGAGGAGGAAGAGGAGGUGGAAGAGGAUGUGGAAGAAGAAGAAGUGGUAGAGAGCACUUACAAGACCAGCCAUCAGGACAGUGACCUUGAGGCGUUGGUCAAGUGUUUGGAAAACGUCCUGGCAUGCAGUUCCCUAGGUACGAGGACUGUCACCAGAUCAGCUCUCGUCUUGCCCCAGGGACCAAGCCCUCUCAACAACACUGUGUCUGAAGCCAAGAUCAAACUGAUGAGAGAAUCGGCCAUUCAGAAGCUAGGCUUGGAAGUGUUUGAGACGGUCUACAGCUACCUCAAGAAGGCCAGGAGACAGAAUGCCGGCGAAGAGGAGAUCAGGCAGUCCCUGGAAAAAGUGGUGCCGCGAGCCAGCGACUGUUUUGAAGUGGAUCAGCUCAUCUACUUCGAGGAGCAGUUGUGUAGGACGACAAGGGAAGAGACUGAGCUCUAGAACCAAUUUUAAGUGGUGGACAAAAUCAAACACUAACCAGAUGGGAGACAAAUCCCAAGGGUUAAUCCAACAAACGCACAAGAUGGAUUGUAUCAAUAGGUAGUUGGGGACACCAUCUUUAUGAUUCUCCAGCUAGCAAAAUAGACUUUUGUCUGUUGUCUUAAUUUGGGUAUGUUAUAUGUUGGUGAGCACGGCACAAUCAAGAUUGGAGUAUCCCACAUGGUAAAUAGUUAUUUCCCAAGCAGCCUUUAAAAAAGUAUUUUUUAAAGCCUCUUUAUUAAAGCGGGGGGAAGUCUGAAUGGAAUAAUGAAAGGGUCCUGGAAUAGAAUUCAGGGAAUCUGAGUUCCCCUGCUAUCUCUGCUAUUAACUGGUUUUAUCUUGUUGGGUUACUUCUUAGUCUCAGUUUCCUAUAAAAAGAGUAGUUUGAGCUAAAUGAUUGUUAUCAUUCCUUCUAGUUCUAACAUUCUGUUCUUCUAGUUGUUGUGUCUAGUCCCAGUUCUAGAAAUUACACUCAGAAGAUGGACUUCUUGGAAAUGAGUCAUGGUCAUUGGGCUGCCAGGCCCCAGGGACUCUAUAGGAAUUAUGGACAUUGAGUUUGCAUUUUCAAUGUAGGAAAAUUGUUAGGGGUUAGAGGAACAUUCUUGCCAUUUCCCUCUUUUUAUUUUCCCCAAAAUACAAUCAUUCUCCAUCUUCCUUGAUUUUGUUGAAUUCCUUAAUCCUUCAAUCUCUGAGGUCUGCAGCCUCAGCCUCAGUUUAGACUCUUCUCCCUCACCCCUAUGUCCAAUCAGUUGCCAAGUUUGUCUGUUCUACCUCUGGGACAUCUUAAAUCAGUCACCAUUCACAGUCUUUGCCUUGGUUUCAGACUUCACUGAUUCUCACUGGGAUUUUUGUAGUCCCUCCUUUAUUAGACUUAUCUGCUUCCUCUCUAUCUCUCUCUGUCUCUGUCUCUGUCACUCUCCCUGUCUCUCUCCCUCUCUCUUUCUUUGUCUCUAUCUUUUCCAAUCCAAUGUCAAAACAGCUGCCAAAUUAAUAUUUAUAAUUGACCCCUUUGCUCAGAAAUGUCCAGAACUUCCCUAUCACUUCUAGAAUUGAAUGAAGAUCCCUUAGCUGGUGAUUAAAUUCCUCAUAAAAUGAGGAUGGACUCGAUGAAUCCUAAGGUUCUUUUCAGGUCAGAAGCUAUAAUCAUAUGUUAUAGAGGUGACUAAGUUCAGAAAAACAUUUAGCUAUUGAAUUAAAGUAGAACCUCCUAGAAUACCUUUCCUUAAAAGUUUUCCUAAAAGACAUUUAUAUUCCAUAAAGUGCUACUUUUUUCUAAGCUGGAUAUCAGUUAAACAAAUUUAUUUCUUUAUAGAUGGAUAAUUUAUCUAUUUUUAUCCCUUCAAAGACUACAAAGCUCUUUAUUGGAUGUAUCUGUGAUUUAUGAUUCUAAUUUAUCUUUCCAGACUUAUUUCAACUCUCCUUCAUGCAUUCUGCAUUUCAGCCAAGCUGAUCUAUUAGCUGUUUCUUUAACUUGGCAUGCAAUCUCCCAUCUCCACACCUUUGCCCAAAUUCUUUCUUUUAUCUGAAACAUUAUCCUUCCUCACCCCUGAAUCUUAAAAUCUCUUGCUUCAUUCGUGGCUCAGUUUGAUAAAAUCCUUACUAAUUCCCUAUCCCUGGACACCUACCCAGUCCAGUUGUCAAUGUCUUCUACUUCCUCCUCCUCCUGAAAUUGUUUUGUACUUGCUGUAUUUACAUUUCUAGAAACAUGUUGCAUCUUCUCCAUUAUUUAGAAUGUAAACUCCUUAUGGGAAGGGCAAAGUGCUGUAUUCAUCAAAAGCCUUUAAUAAAUGUUUAUUGAACUGAUAUUCCAAUAAAAGGAGUUAUGGGGGAAUCAGGAUUCAAAAUCCUAUCCCCAAUUUACAGCCAUGAAAUUGAACUUCAUUCCCUAAAAAUACUCAAUGUGUUGAAGGGCUUUUAUUCAUGACAAGUGUAUACAUGUUGUCUUCUCCUACAGAAUAUAAGCUCCUUGAGGGCAGGACUGUUUUAUUUUUGUCUUUGAAACCCAGUGCUUAGCCCUGGUGUAGACGCUUAAUAAACGCUUACUGAUUGAUGGGCA